AUGUGUAAAACGCAUGACCCAAGGCGACAGCGAAAUCAGCUUCAGAAAAACAGUCACGGUUGGGUGCACUGGUUUCCUUUUCUCUCGCACAAAUGUAUGCUGUAUUACUAACAGCUAACUAGCGUUAACUUAUUUUUUUAAAAAAACGAAUGAGAAUUCUUUCUCGGUAUGUUACACACGAUCUCCUGAGGUCAUGCAAUCUGUAGUACAGUAUUGACGGAAAAUAAGGGAUGUGACGUAUUAUGUCGGAGGCAAGGGAGUGUAACUAGUACAACAGCUGUUUUUCACUUCCCUUCGCAAAGCUGACUUGCUUUGAGACUGUACACAACCAACAUUGAAGCUCUUUUGUGAGAGAGAUAAUGAAGGUUCAGACCAUCCGUGGAGGCCUAGAGCUGUUCCUGCUGGCUGUUAGUCUGGCCUGUCAAUGCCGGUGUGCUCCAGACCCCAGGGAGAGAGCCAAGCUAUUCCAGCAGGAGGAUUUCCUGAGGACAGGGGGAAAUGUUGUGCUGAUGGAGGCAGAACUAAAUGUCAACAAAUACCUCCAGAAACUGAAGGAGCAGGAGGUGGCAGAUUGCAGGAUCUCAGGAAAGUUCCCCCCAGCUAUGCACUUCUUCAAGGCUAGAAGUCUCAUUGAGGAAAGCCGUGUCUUCAAGUUUUUACAAAAAAUGCCCAAAGGUGCUGCCCUGCAUGUUCACGACUUCUCUAUCGUGAAUGUUGACUGGCUGGUCAGGAAUGUCAGCUAUUGGCCCCAUUGUUACAUCUGCUUCACCACCAACCAAUCAGUGCGAUUUCACUUCUUCGAUAAAGCCCCUUACACCAGGCUGUCGGGGUGCUCCCACUGGGUGUUACUGGAUACACUGAGGAAGAAGAUGGGCAAUUCCACAGACUUCGAUAACAGCUUAAUCCGAAACCUGACGAUGUUCACAGAAGACCCAGAGGUAGCCUACCCUACCCAGGAUUUAGUAUGGAGGAAGUUUGAGGAAGUGUUUACAGCUUCCAUAGGACUCAUCUCUUAUGCACCUAUCUUUAAAGCAUACUUCUAUCAAGGCCUGCUCCAGUUCUACCAGGACAACAUCAUGUAUGUAGAGCUCCGGGCUCUGCUGUCACCAACCUAUGAGCUGGAUGGAACAAGGCAUGACAUGGACUGGUCGAUGACGGCUUAUCAGCAAGUCGGCAGACAGUUUGUGGCAGAUCAUCCAGACUUCCUGGGAGCCCGAGUAAUAUUCACAGUGCACAGGGGUAUGAAUGUUUCGCAAGUCAAAAAGGCCGUUGAAGAUGCAAUGAGGCUGAAAACAAAGUUCCCUGAAGUAAUGGCUGGCUUUGAUUUGGUGGGCUAUGAAGAUGGUGGUAACCCACUGUGGUACUUCAGAGAACCACUGUCUCUGCCAGCUCAGAGGGGAUUCCAACUCCAAUACUUCUUCCAUGCAGGAGAGACAGACUGGGAUGGCAUAAAUGUGGACCAGAACGUGGUUGAUGCUCUCUUGUUUAACACCAGUCGUAUUGGGCAUGGUUACGCACUGGUACACCACCCAGUUGCCAAGCAACUCUCCAGGAAGAGGGCAGUCCCAGUAGAGGUCUGCCCUAUCUCAAACCAGGUGCUGAAGCUGCUGUCAGACCUGAGGAAUCAUCCAGCCGCUGUCCUGAUGGCAGAAAGGCACCCUAUGGUGAUCAGCUCAGAUGACCCUGCUGCCUUUGGCUCCAGUGGGCUGUCCUAUGACUUCUAUGAGGCAUUCAUGGGUAUCGGAGGAAUGCGGUCUAAUCUGGGGACUCUAAAGGAGCUGGCCAUGAAUUCCAUCAAGUACAGCUCCCUGCCGCCUGAACUGAAGGAGAAAGCAAAAGCACUGUGGCAGAUGAAGUGGGAGGCUUUCAUUUCUGAGACAUCAAAUCUUCACUUGAGAGACCUAUAAGAGCUCAAACCCCCGGUUUGUUAGGUUUUAAUAAUAAUAUCAGUAAUAGAUUCCUUGAACUUGUCUACCAUUUUUGAACUCUGAAGGAUCCCAACACACUUCACAUAUAGGAGGGGACCCACUCUGUCAUCCACUGAAAGACAGUACCCACCUGGGUAGCCAUUAUGUGCCAGAGGCAUUAUGGCCAUUAUGGGCCAGGUUCUGCAAGAGUCAGAUUUUAGAAUUUAUGCCAUUACUCUUACAACCAGUGUGACAGAAUCUUUCAUGGCCCCAUUUUAAACUUAGGGGGGGACCCUCCUACAUUACUGUGGCAUAAUACUGGGCCCUUGGUUUGGAAAUUCAAGUCCAGAGGUUAGAGUGCCACCUAAUGGUUCAACAACUCAACAGCAACCAUAAACUUCUCCAAUCCCUGUACUGACCAGGCCCAAAUUUGUUUAGCUUCUGAGAUCUGACAAGAUAAGGCUACAUGGUAGGACUGUUGCUUGGAAAGCCCUGGGUUAAAGUGAUGCAAGGUAUUGCAAUAAUGACAGAACUGGUAGCCUUUUAAUAUGUCCUACUGACAUGUCACAAUUACCUGCUGAAAUCAAUAACAAAAAAAAAAGUACUAAUGUUUGUGUGUAUUGUAUUGUUUGUGUUUUGAAUUGUUUGUUUUAGGAUUGUGAUAAACUUUGUUUUUUAAAGGUUUAUUCACUACUAAGUAGUGCAAUGUUGUAGGUAAUAAGACUGUUUUACAUGUAAAUAAGUAAAAUUGUAAAUAUAUUUGAUACAUUGUGUUUUACAUUUUGGACAGUUUUCCUUUGUGCAGGAAAGGUACAUAAACACUGCAGUGGUAAAACUACCAAACACCAAUCUUUUUGGCAUAUCUUCAAAUAUUACUCAGCUACCAUCUAGUCUUAUUUUUCAGGUUAGGAAAUUAUAGGAUAGCGUGAAAAACUGUCUGGACUAUAAAGAAGGGAAUGAAGAUGUCUGGGUCAAUACAGCUGGUAACUCUAGCUACGUAAACCUGUGGCAUUUGAGGUUGUGGUGGGAAAUUGCAGAACUACCAGAAAUUGACAGAUGUGUGUAAAGUAUCUGUCCUUGUUAAAAUAGUCAUUAAUACAAAUGGUUUGUUUUUAUAUUUUCUUACUAUUUUGAUCCUAACAGUAACAAUUAAGAAUUUGCUCCCCUCCUACACUAAAUACUAGUAUUAAAACUAGAUGCAUUAUCACUAAAGCAUUAAUGCAUCUAGUGUUCCUUAAAAUCAGCUAGAAUCGAUGCCAAAAACAGCAGGAAUAUCACAUUGUCCUGCUAAGGUCAAAUAUGAAAAUACAGAGGCAUGUAUCUACAGUACAGCAGACAUUUAUAUACAACUCUUACAGGGUGUUGCAAAAAUACUUUGCAAUUUUCUAACAUUAAAACAUUGUGUUCAGGGAGGACUUUUCUGUGGACCAUUUAUCAAAACCUAUUGGUUUGAUCUGUUGGAAAUGCUGUAUGUGCAAGAAUUUUUCUAUGAUGGUAUCAGAUUACACCAAAACUAACAUGUUUAAUAUUUUCUGUGGAUUAAAAGAUCCCCAUAAACACAGACUGUAAUUAUUACUGAAGAUUUAUUGCUGUAGCUCAUUACAGUAAAAAUUAAAAAGAUAAAAAGGUAA